CGCACAGUCGCCGCUAGCUGAACCGACCUCGCGCAGCAGUGGCCGUUCUGCAAGGUGAUGGGUAUCUUCAACGCCACUGAAAUCAAUGAGUUGAAGUACACCCAUGCUGAAUGCAGUUGUGCAUGACCAUCUUUGAAAAGCAGGCAUUUGUAAAUACCAAUGGAAGAAGAGAAAUGGAACCAGGCUGCAAGAGUCAUUCAGAGGUGCUGGAAAAGAUGUAUUAAUGUCCGUGUCUUUCGAUACUACAAAGAACUAAUAGGUUUUAGAGGAGUUGGGGACCCUCAUCUUCUGAUGAAAUUCAUUGACCCUAGAGAGGCAGAGUUACUAGAUGCUGCAGCAGGUGUUUAUGUCCGAUUCAGACUAGGUGGUACUAAAUAUCCUCCAAGUAUAUAUUACAAAAUAUUCACUCAUAGACCCAUUGUGGAUAUGUGUGCUAACAGCCCUAGAGAUUAUACAAAGCCAACAUACAAACAGCUGCUGCCAGAGGCUAUUCAUGGAAAGAUUUGGAAAGAUGACCACAGUGGCUGGUACAAGCGUGUGGAGAAUAAUGGCUGGAGACUUCUUUCGAUCAGAUUUUGGAGGACCAUAGAUCCUGUAACUGAUGAGGACAACACAAAGAAAAAGGAAUUCCAUUACUCUAAGCUAAAGAGGAAACAAGACAUUGACCAGAGAAGAAAAAGGAGAAAAAUUGAAUGGAUGACAAAAAUGUAUUAUGCAGGAAGUUUGCGGGUCAAAACAGAGGACCCUACCACCGCAAUCUUAAUUCAGAGAAGUGCAGAAGGCAUCGUCAAUGCUGUUGAGAAAGGAGGAACAGACAAUGUAAUGGAAUGGGAAGUGGAUGAACUGUUGGAAUGGACAAAUGCGCUUAACUUUGAAGAAUAUAUUAGUCAGUGGAAAGAAAUUGCAACAAGCAACUCAUCAGCUAACUACCAGGGUUUCCAGUUUAUUGUAUCACAACAUGAUCUAUGUGAAUUCUCACAGCUAUCCCAUGGAAACAUCCAGGACACACCAACCCCUAAUCCAUUACCUUUAAAUGAAAUAGACUUCAAGUCAGGGGCAUUUAUAACACCAUUAAACUCACCUUGUAAUCUCCCAAUGGGUAACAAUUCUGAAUGAUAAUUUUGCUCCUAUUCAUUAGAAUACUAUUUUCCUCUACUUCAAUUUGAUAUGAAAUGGAGCUAUAGUUUCAGCAGUUAGAGCUGACUCAACAAGAAAUCUGCAUGUAAAACACAAACAUGCUGCAUGAUUCUCUCCUCUAUAAAAACAAAUUACAAUAGUAUCCAAAACUGGUUUGAAUCAGUCAUAAUGUGCUAAUAAUAACCUCCCCUACUUUUCUCCCUCUUCUAGAACACCUACAUUCUAUACAAUAAAAUUAUGUCAAAUGCUUCAGCAAAUAUUAUAGUGAUCUGUUCUUUCUAUAGAUUUUUUUCCAGCCUCUAAUAUAAAGUGGAUGCUUACAACUGAUGCUUAUC